GACAAACAAUUGAACAUACCGUCAUCACUCCCAGCAGAAUCUCUAUGAUAACCUUUUUGCUCAGAAGAAGCUUUUCAUCUGUCUUGCCACUCUUCGAUUACAACAUAGAAUCGGCGCAAUGUCUGACGACGAGGAUUUCAUGCAAGAGUCUGAUGAGGAACAAUAUGACUUCGAGUACGAGGAAGACGACGACGAACAGGAGGCUGGCGAUGUCGGCAUCGAGAACAAAUACUACAACGCCAAGCAGCUGAAGCUCAGCGACCCCCAAGAUGCCAUUGCGGAGUUUCUCGGGAUACCGCCCCUCGAGCCGGACAAGGGCGAAUGGGGAUUCAAGGGCCUGAAGCAGGCCAUCAAGCUGGAAUUCAAGCUGGGGCAGUACGACCAAGCGGCCGAACACUUCGCCGAGCUGCUCACAUACGUCAAAUCGGCCGUUACGAGAAACUACUCGGAAAAGUCAAUCAACAACAUGCUCGACUACAUCGAAAAAGGCGCCGACGAGUCAGCAGCCGUGAAGAGCAUCGAGAAAUUCUACUCCCUCACGCUUCAGAGCUUCCAGAGCACGAAUAACGAGCGGCUGUGGCUGAAGACGAACAUCAAGCUGGCCAAACUCCUGCUGGACCGCAAAGAGUACUCGGCAGUAUCCAAGAAGCUUAGAGAGCUUCACAAGGCCUGCCAGCGCCCCGAUGGCAGCGAUGAUCCAGGCAAGGGAACUUAUUCGCUGGAGAUUUACGCCUUGGAGAUUCAGAUGUUGGCGGAGACGAGAAACAACAAGCAGCUCAAGACGCUCUACAAUCGUGCGCUCAAGGUCAAGUCUGCCGUGCCGCAUCCCCGCAUCAUGGGUAUCAUCCGUGAAUGCGGCGGCAAAAUGCACAUGAGCGAGGAGAACUGGAAGGAGGCGCAGAGUGACUUUUUUGAAUCGUUCCGCAACUACGACGAGGCAGGAUCGCUACAGCGGAUCCAAGUUCUCAAGUAUCUGCUUCUCACCACCAUGCUGAUGAAGUCAAACAUCAACCCGUUUGACUCGCAAGAGACAAAGCCCUACAAGACUGAUCCUCGCAUCUCUGCCAUGACGGAGCUUGUCGAUGCAUACCAGCGGGACGAUGUUCAUGCCUACGAAAAAGCGCUGCGAAACAACCAGGACAUUCUAGCAGAUCCGUUCAUCGCAGAGAACAUCGAUGAGGUCACGCGAAACAUACGGACCAAGGGAGUUUUAAAACUCAUUGCGCCUUACACACGCAUGAAGCUGUCAUGGAUUGCCAAUCAGCUGCGAAUAUCAGAGCCCGAGGUGCAAGAUAUCCUUAGCUUUCUCAUUAUUGAUGGCAAGAUCAAGGGAUCAGUCAACCAGCAGGCAGGCACUCUAGAGAUAACAUCUGCUGCCGACAUUAGCAGAAUCCAGGCGCUCGAUAGCCUGACCACAUCCAUUAACGAGUUAUUUGGGGCCGUCUUCAGAGAGGGCGAGGGCUUCCGGAUCGAGCACACUUCUUUCGAAGACGCGACUCCUGGCCUCGACGUCCAGGCCUUGGCGAGCCUUGCGAAAGCCGGUGGCCGGCCGGCACAGCGCCCACUACAUAGGCCUGGCAAGGGCAAACCUGUCUUGACGCCUCUUUGAUUACAACAUCAUUCUUUUUUCUUUCUUCAUUCUCUGUUUUCCAGCGCCUUGUUUUGGAGGCGCUGCGACGGUACCCCCUCUUCAAGCAAGUUUCCAUGAUAACCCCACGCCGGAAAUUUAUUACGGGGUGACCACUUCCCUCAUACAGGCGCCGUCGCUUGGAUGGAGAACAGGAUGGGGUCUUGAGCGUGCAGAUUUUGUGGCGAACGAAAGCUGGACGCCUGUGCUUGGCGAGGAAUACGACGUUGCCACGAAGGGGGGAAAUGGACUGGGAUAGGCAAAUACAGAGCGAAGCCUGCGAUUGAUGCUUGUCAUAUCAACAAGAGAAGUUACCCGCGUACAUUCACCCACGUGUAGCAUUCUGUAGACGAGGUGAUCUGCACGCAUUCGCCACCACGAUAUCAAGGAUACGGGUAGCAUUC